CGCCGUCUGUGUGCGCCCGUCGUCCUUCCAACCGACCCGCUUCUCCCAAUUCUCGAGGUCAUUGGCAGGAUGAACGGCCUCCACGAGCAGAACCACAAGCGCACAUCUAUCAACGAGCUCCUCAACCCCGUCGCGAACGUCCCCGCUUCAGGAUCGCUCGAUUCAUCGUACAGCCCGCCGCAGCUGGGUGUCAUGCCGAACCCCUCCUACGUCCAUGCGCCACGCGCGCCGACCGCGUCGAGCUACCACUCGGGCAUGUCGAGCGCCCCAGGGUCGUCUUUCAGUCUAAGGGCCGCGAGCUGGGACCAUGCAAGCACGAACGAAGGCGAGGUCGGCCGUGGCCAGGCAGCCGAGUCGCCCAGCGACUGUCGAUACGCCGCUGGCAACUCACACCCUCAGAGUCACCAGGCCCACCCUCAUCAGUCCCAGUCCCAGCCACACGCGCCAUAUCCAGAGCAGUAUCAGAGAUCCAGGCCCGUGGGCGAACCUGCUAAUUACGGCAUCGACGUUGCCCACUGGGCGCCCAGCCAUCUGCACUACGGCGCUCAGAUGCUCACUCCCUUGUACCAAGACGACCGCGCUGGUUACCCCCACCCGCAGGGUUUUGAUCAGCAGGAAAUGCACCAACAAGUUUACAAUGGUUAUCUUCCCAUUCUAUUUGGACAACCGACAACACGAUCCAUGCAGCCUCCCCAGCUGGCUCAGCAACACACCGCCAACUCGAGGAUGCCUCCCGUCUAUAUCCCGCAGCACAUGAAUUCGCACGCAGUCGCCUUUGCUGCUUUUCCGAUCAUGAUGCCCGCCCAUCCGCCACCUGCUAAGCGUUCUCUGGAACCGGAGGAUGCAGAGGCACCUGCCAAGGCCAAAAAGUCGAGAGGUAAAGGCAAGGCACCCGAGAGUAACGGUAAUGGCAUAGCGCGCAGAAACUAUCCUAAGAAGCGCAGCGAAUCGACACCGCAAAUGGACCUCAAGGAGAAGGAAGCAAAUGCCAACUCUGCCAUUCAAGCAUCAAACCUCGUCGACGAAAAUGGCAACCCUGUAGACCCGGGACACUCACUGCACCCAGAGCUUCAGUUCGCCCGAUGCAUGUCCAACAGAUAUCGGUCAGAGGAGUUCCCUCGAUGUGUGUCAUGCACGCGCCGCUGGGCAGGCGACACCUGUCGUUUCCAGGGCAUCCGAUUCUUCCUCAAAGAUGAGAACCGUAACAUUAUCGGUAUAAGCUUUAUCGAAAACCAGAAAGCCGACGGGCCGUCCAUGAACUUUCCUGUUAAGUGGAAUGCAAAGCUCGACAUGUCACAUAUAACGCGUAUCAAACGAACUGUGGCGCGGGCAUUGCUACCUGUUCUCAAGCAAGAGCAAGAACACAUCCAGCGACGCGAUGUCAUAAGGAGAAAUAGGGAGAGCGAAGUUCGCGCUACUUGCGACACCUGUAUGACGUCGAUAUUUUCAACCAGCUGGAUGUGUCGUCUUUGCGGUCGCGAGGCUUGCGCAGAGUGCUUCCAGCAAGUCAGCGAGCUUACGACGGAGCCCCCAGGUGCUGCUGAAGCGGAGAUUGUCGCUUUACAAGCGAAACGAGAGAAGCACGCCCACGUCAACCCAUUCUUCCUUUCGUGCACACGGAGGAACGAGCAUAGGGCUAGCGACUUUUCACCUAUGUCGCGUUUCAGCAAAGAGGAACUCACAGAAGCCAUCGCCGAGAUGGAAGCCCUCCUGGGCCAAGCUCCCGAUGGCGAAAUCGUCGCGAAGAGCUCACCUGAAGCAUCGAACGGUUCUGCAGGGUCAACAGAGCAGACGGGCGAAUCCUCCGCAUCGGGCCAAAUUUCGAACAGUACAUUGUCGUCUUUGAAUACGCCUUCGCUUUCACCUGACGCCGAUACUGACAAAAAGCCUAUCGCUGAGCUUGCAUCCGACUCCGCGAAGCCUGCGGAACCGUCUUCCUCUACCAGCGCACCACCACCGCCCGAGGAGGCAGUUUCGCCUCCGUCGAUCCCAUUCUACGAACCCCGGGUUUUCAGUGAUGCUGAGCUUACAGAUGAGGUCUUUUCGGAGAUGUGGGCGAAGGGCGAGCCGCUGGUGGUCACCGGCCUCCUCCCCAAAUUCCGCAUAUCAUGGACGCCCGAGUAUUUCACACAGAAGUAUGGCACGCAGACUUGCCUCAUUCUCGAGUGCCAAACCGACCUAAACAAGCGCGUCUCGGUCGGCGAGUUCUUCUCGUGGUUUGGCAAGUACGAGGGACGGAGAGACUGCUGGAAGCUCAAGGACUGGCCUCCAUCUACUGACUUCAAGACGGCAUUCCCGGAGUUAUACGAAGACUUUGCCAACGGCACUCCAGCACCGAACUACGUCCGUCGCGACGGUGUACUGAACGUUGCUGCACACUUCCCAAACAACACCGUGGCCCCGGACCUCGGCCCAAAGAUGUAUAAUGCUAUGGCCUCUUACGAGUCGGAAGGUAGUAAGGGCUCAACGCGACUUCAUCUCGACAUGGCCGACGCAGUGAACGUGAUGCUCUACGCAUCGUCGACGCCCGGAGGUGAGCCGGGCUCCGCCGCGUGGGACCUUUUCAGGGCCGAGGACUCGAGCAAGAUCCGCAAAUUCUUGAAGCGCAAGUUCAAGGGCCAAUUCCAGCACGACCCCAUUCAUUCCCAGCAGUUCUACCUGGACGCACCACUGCGCAAGGAGCUGUACGAGGAGUUUAGUGUGAAGAGCUAUCGCAUCUACCAGAAGCCCGGCGAGGCUGUGUUCAUCCCCGCGGGUUGUGCGCACCAGGUAUGCAACCUUGCCGACUGCAUCAAGGUUGCAUGUGACUUCAUCAGUCCCGAUAACAUUGACCGGUGCGAGAACCUCACGAAAGAGUUCCGUGAGCAGAACCAGUCCAUGGCGUGGAAAGAAGACGUUCUUCAGCUGCGGACGGCUAUGUGGUUCGCCUGGCUGUCAUGCAGCCGCCAGGAGAAGGAGAUGCGCGGCGAGUCGUCGCCCCAGCCGUAAUAAAUCCCUUGGCUCCCAUCUGACGGUGUCGUUGUCAUGCUGAAUCUCCCCAUACAACCAUCUACAUAAAUCAAGGUCCCACAUAUCAUAUGCAAUCUGCUGUCGUGUCAUUCGUAUUGGUGUAUUAUUUUUCUCCGUCAUUCUUACUUUCCAUAGGGGUAGCCGGCGUAGAAGUGCUUGGGAAGUAUGGGCCAGACGGACACGUACGAUCGAUACAAUUAUCGAGUAAUUCUACAUACAAAGCCGAAGAAAUACACUCUU